GUGUGGGAUUGUGAGGGGGAGAAAGCAUAGACGCCAAUCUUGACCGUCUCCUCUAAAUCAAUCCGUUUCCGUUUCUACCCUUCACUCGUCAAAGCGUCCAAAUUUUUUGAUUCCCCUCUUUAGCUUCGUCGCUUCUUCGCCAUCGUCUACGUUCGAGGUUGGUCAUUGGUGUGGAUCGCCGUCUUUCUCUCUCUGUAGUCUGUGGCGUGGCUUCGAUCAAUUCUGAUUUGCUCCGUCAUUUAUUGAACACCCGUUGUUCUCAUUGUCCGAGAUCGUUGGAGUUUGAAUUUGGCGGUUCAAUCGAUUAGUCCUCGACUCAUGAGUUUCUGACGAUCUUUGACUAAUGUCUGCUGGUGAGAAUACCCCAAAUGCUAUGUUAGAUUUUCACUUUUCUUGGAUUUUUGUCACUUGACUAGUGUUUGGAGUAUCUGCUCUUUCUCCAAGAAAAUGAAUUUGUUAGAAACCAGGUCGAUUAAUUGGUUCUAAAGUUCUUGAAUCCUGGUUCAAUCAAUAUCAUUUCCUUGACGUUCCGACUUCCGAUUGAAAGUGUUUGCUGGGUUUAAGCUUAGGCGUCUUUCUGCAUUGGGUAUUGAAUUUCUUAUCGGUGGUGGGGUUGCUUGAUUUUCUGAUGUUUCGCCUUAAAAUGUCUGGAGGUUCCCCAGGUGAAUUGAUAGGGAAAAACUGUUUUGGAUGAUUGGGUAAUACUUUGACUAAGAAAACUGUGAGUUGAUCUUGGUCCUGCGAUCCGUGACUAGAAAGGGCGAAACCCAUUUUGUGAAAUUUUACCUUUCCGGUUCCUGGAAUAGCGUAAAACCAGAGUCUUAACUUUAUUUAUCAGUCAUGAGCCUAAAUGGUAGAUUUUGCUUCUCUUGGUCAUGUGAAAUUCUACUAAAGUUUUGAAGCUUUCAUGGAGUCUGAUAGAAUCAGUAAGGUUAGUAUUUUGCAGAGUAUUUAUUUGGUUAUUUUUGUUGAUUAUGGAGAGCCUUCCAGUCGAAGUAAUUGGAAACAUACUUUCCCGGCUUGGAGCUGCAAGGGAUGUGGUGAUUGCCUCUGCAACUUGCCGGAAGUGGAGAGAAGCCUGCCGGAAUCACCUCGAUACCCUUUCAUUCGACUCCGAUGAUUGGCCUGUUUAUCAUGAUCUCACUACUGUUCGACUUGAGAUCCUGAUAACCCAAACAAUAUUCCAGACCAGGGGUUUGCAGUGCUUGUCUAUUUCUAUGGACGAGGUUGAUGAGUUCUCAGCAGCUCCAGUGAUUGCUUGGCUUAUGUAUACCAGAGAAACCUUGCGCCAAUUGUUGUAUAAUGUCCGUACGACUCCAAACGUUAACAUUCUUGAAAAGUGUGGUAGGCAGAGGCUGGAAGUGUUAGAUUUGUCUAAUAAUUCCAUCACUGGGGUUGAUCCCAGUUACCAAAGAUUCCCUUGCCUGAAAUCCCUGUCUCUGAGUCAUAUCAGUAUCUCUGCAUUGGAUCUAAGCCUUCUGCUCACUGCCUGCCCCAAAAUUGAAUUCUUGUCCCUUGUCAAUCCAGAAAUUGCCAUGUCAGAUUCUCAGGCAACAAUGGAACUUAGUAGUCCUACGUUGAAGAAAAUAUACUUUGAAGCUAUUAGUUUGGACAAGUUUAUAUUGGAGGCGGACGGUCUUGAGAGUUUGAUUCUGAAAGAUUGCACUCUAGAGUAUUUUGACAUCAUUGGCAAGGGUACCUUGAAGUAUCUCGAGAUUGAUGAUGUUAGUGUGCUCCAUCUUGAAAUUGAGAGUACCGAGAAUCUUGAGGUUAUUGAUCUCAGCAGUUUCACGAUCGUAUGGCCAAAGUUCUAUCAAAUGAUCUCAAGAUCAUCAAAAUUGAGAAGGCUUCGGCUUUGGGGUGUGGUAUUUGAUGACGAGGAUGAGAUUGUGGAUUUGGAAACAAUUGCUGUUUGCUUUCCUCAGCUAAGCCAUCUAUCCUUGAGUUAUGAUUUAAAAGAUGGAUUGAUUAACUAUGGCCUGCAAGGUCCUACAAAGCUGGAGAAUGUUGCUGUAUUGGAACUUGGGUGGACUGUAAUUAGUGAUCACUUUUCUCUAUGGGUUGCUGGACUGCUUGAGAGGUGCCCUAAUCUUAAGAAAUUGGUCAUUCAUGGGGUUGUUUCGGAGGCCAAGACACAUGAAGAAUGCCAUAUGUUGGCCAGUUUUACCUCAUCCAUUGUUCAGCUUAUGAGGAAAUAUAUGCGUGUUGAGGUGCAGUUUGAGUACGAAUAGAAAAUCUGUUAAAAUGGCUUUGGUGAGUUCUGAAUUUUUGUCCAGCACUAGUUAUAUAAGUAGGUUAAAUGUGCUGGAUGUAUUGUCUGAGCGCUCUUCUCUUUUGUGUAUCUGAAUUCUGGAUUAGUUCACUCUGAUGGAUAAAUAUGUUGCCUGAACAAUUGUAAAUUGGUGUUUUUUUCCUGGGAAAGAGGCAUGUUUUGAUCU